ACGGUAAAUCUUGAGUAGGUGUAUCCAACCCAAUAUAAAAGAUAUCUCAAGUGACACUUAAAACGUAUCAGGUUUUUCGUAAGCUUCUUCAGAGAUUCGUGAACAGUCUUUUUACGGUGUUAUUGGAAGAUUUAACCGGACUACACUCAUCAUGUUCAAAGAAUUAAACUUGGUUGUUUCAACGACGAUAGUUUGUGUCAUAAUUCAAACCGUCCAAUUCGCAGAAACCGUAGAAAAGGAACAAGAUACAAACUUUCUCGCGCACAAACAUGCGGAAUUGGACAAAUUCGAAGGAAAUCAAAGGAUUUUGAAGGAAUGGCACGCCGAAGCCCCCGAAAAUCAUCCUCAAGAGGCGAUGUCGGACGUGCUGAGCGAAUUAGCUCAUGGUUCCUCUUUGGAGACGCGCCUGACGGAGGACAUGGUGAGGAAAGUACAGAAAGUUGAGGAUCUUCCUGCAGAGUUUGACGCACGACAAAAGUGGAAAAAGUGCAGUCGUUUCAUCGGUUCCAUCUACAAUGGUGGUCCUUGCCGCUCCGACUACGCUAUCGUAGCGGCAUCAACAUUGGCGGAUCGCAUAUGCAUAAAAAGCAACGGAAAAGCCAAAGCCUUACUCUCGGCACAAAAAGUUCUAGGCUGCUAUGGUUCUUGCAAAGAAGGCGGCUUCAUUUGGACGGCUAUCAAACAUUUGAACGAAUCAGGCACAACAACUGGAGGUCUUUUCAAACCCAAAAGAGGAUGCAUACCAUUUGAGCCACCACCUUGCUCGCACGUGGGUGAGUCCAUGCUAGGAACCGGUAGCGAAGUGGCUCUACAAAACUGCUCCAAAAUUCCAAUGAAGGAAUACGAAUGUCCGAAAAAAUGCACCAACGGGAAAUACAAGAAGACAUUCGAGAAAGACAUUCGCAAGACCCAGACAUUUCAAUGGACGUCAACAAUUGCGGAAAAUAUAAAAAGAGAAAUUUACGUGAAUGGAUCUGUGGCAGCAGGCUUCAGCAUGUAUGACGACUUCAGGAGGUAUAAACGGGGUGUAUAUGAGAAAGAUCAGGCAGCAAAGUACGAGUAUAUCCACAAAGUGAAACUGAUCGGUUGGGGAAAGGAGAACGGAACCGCUUACUGGCUUGGAGUCAACUCAUUUGGUAAGGAAUGGGGUUUGAAAGGACUCUUCAAGAUCCCCUGCGGUCGUAACUACCUCUUCAUAGAGACGCUCUGCCUCUCUAUUAUCCCUCGCCUAUAAAAAAACAUUGACAACAACAACAGCAAUAUCAACAAGACCAAGAACAAUAGCAGCACCACCACCACCACCACCACCACCACCACCAACAACAACAACAACAACAACAAACAGCAGCAGCAGAAGCAGUAACUUGAAUAGCUCACUACGUUUGUCUCUUUAUGUACUUGCUAGUCUACUUCAAAAAUAAAAUAAAGUCUUAUUUAUUUAUCUAUCCA